AUGGACAGGAAGGGGAAAGGAAUGGCAAAGAAGAAGGGCAUAGAUUUGAAGAGAUACUUUGAGGUACUUGGUGGUAGUCGCAGCAGCUCCAACUCCAAUCCAAGUACAAGGGAAAGUGGCAAUGCUGCGGGCCAAUCUGUUCAUCAAAGUCAAGUGAAUACUGCGGAAACAGAGAAUGCAAAUUCCUUGCCCUCUCAACAAGUGGAAGAACAGAUUCCAGAUUCCGUCGAAGCCAUGGUCGAGGAGAAUGUUGAGGUUCUAGGAGAUGAAGGAACCAUGCAAAAAGAACUUGCUAAAUAUUGUGCAAUGGCGGUCACCAAAGCAAUCAAAGAAGAGAUGGAUGGUUGUCUUUUCACUGUUCUUAUUGAUGAGUGCCGUGAUAUUUCAGUGAAAGAGCAAAUGGCUGUGGUUGUCAGGAGGAAGGAUAAAUUGCUUGAUAAGCAAAAGCAGAUCCUUUUGGAUAAGAUUGAGAGGGUGAUAGAAGUUUUGGGCAUUGUUGAGGAGGAUGUGCGUGUUCCAUGUAGGGCAGGAGGUUUGGUUCAUCAAAUGGAGACUUUCAGCUUCGUGUUCAUCCUAAAGAUGAUGUUAAAAAUCCUUCGUAUGACAAAUGAUCUAUCUCUUCUAUUGCAAAAGAAGGAUCAAAAUGUUGUUCAGGCUAUGUCAUUGGUUACGGAUGUGAGAACACGUUUGAUCAAUUGGAGAAAUGAUGGUUGGGAGACACUCUUGGAAGAUGUCAAAGCAUUCUGCACCAAAAAUGAAAUUCCUAUACCAAGUAUGGAUGACACCUUCACAAAAUGGGGGAAAUCAAGAAAAGGUGGAAGAAACAAUGUCACUGCUGAUCAUUUUUUCCGUGUGGACACCUUCUAUGUUGCUAUAGACUCCAUCACCACGGAGUUUGAUCAUCGUUUUAAUGAGGUAUCUUCAGAGCUCCUCCAGAACUUCUCUUGUCUUGACCCAAGAGACUCCUUUUCUAGGUUCAAUAUCAGUAAGCUUGCUCGACUCACAGAGAUUUAUCAUGAGGAUUUCUCUAGUUAUGACCGUGAGCAUAUACAAGAUCAUCUUGAGCUAUUCAUUAUUCAUAUGAGAAGAAUUGAAGAUUUUAGAGAUUGUCAUGAUAUUGCAAGCCUAGCUAAAAAGAUGGUUGAACUUGAAAGGCACAUCAUGUUUCCCACGGUUUAUCGCCUCAUUGAGCUGGCAUUGCUACUACCGGUAGCAACAGCAACAGUUGAAAGGGCUUUUUCAGCAAUGAAAAUCAUCAAGACCGAGUUGCGCAGCAAGAUAUCCGAUGGCUGGCUUAAUGACUUGAUGGUGUGUUACAUUGAGCGAGGGAUAUUCAAAAGUCUUGAUCUUGGUAAAAUUAAGAAAGAUUUUUCACAAGAAGGGUAG